AGUAAAGAAGUGAGGAGUUUGUGCCAACGCUCUCCAGUCGGUGACUGUGCCAGGUGUGCUCCAGAAUUGUUCUUGCCGCGGAUUCUUACAGGUUUAAUGCAGUGACAAAACUAGUCUCUCUUCAUCUGAUAUUCAUCGUUGUUCCUGUGUUCUUCAACUUUUGCAAAAAAAGUCAUGAAGAACUAUCGUCUGUAUUAAGAACUGUUUACCAAAAAAUACCAAGGAGUGAAUGAAUUCCUGUGGUCUCAGUUUUAAUGAGAAAUGUCCAGGACGAUGGACAAAGUGUGUGGAGGGCGGGGCAGGAGGCGCUCUGGGCUGAUGGCUCUGUUUGUGCUCGUGAUUUUGAGCUUCAUUACAUUGUCAAGCGCCAAAGUUCGAACAGAUGACUUGCAGUUCGAUAUCAGCAACAUGGUGGACGCACCUGGAGAAGUUAAAGGACUCUUUCCCCUCGUGGUGAACUUGGCGAGCUCUUCCACCAUAUCAGCCAAUUCCACUUGUGGUGAACGCCAGGCGGAGACGUACUGCCGCGUGAGCCAGCCAGGCCGGGGCCGGGAGGAGCAGUGCGGCGUGUGCGACGCUCGCUCCCCCGACCCAACACGGCGCCACCCGGUGGACCGUGCCACCGAUGGCACCUCGGCCUGGUGGCAGUCCCAGUCCCUGGCCGCCGGCGACCAUCUGCACUACGUCACCAUUGAUAUUGACCUGCAGCAGGUCUAUCACGUGGCGUACGUGAUCAUCAAAAGCGCGAUCUCACCACGGCCAGGGAACUGGAUCCUGGAGCGGUCGCUGGACGGCAAGCAGUACUCGCCGUGGCAGUACUACGCCGUGUCUGACCGUGCCUGUCGUGACACAUAUGGCAUAGCGCCCACGCCCGGCAGGCCACGGUACACACACGACACCGAGGUCAUCUGCACCUCGUACUUCUCCAGGCUCACGCCCUUUGAGGGUGGUGAGGUGCACACGUCGCUGGUGAACGGUCGUCCGGGUGCUGCGGGUCCGUCGGAGGCGCUGCAGGAGUUCACAGCGGCGCGGUACAUCAGACUUCGCUUCCAGCGACUCCUGAGUCUUGAUGGUGAACUGGAGGGCCGGCGCCCCGACCCUGCGGUUGCCAGGAAAUACUUCUACUCGCUGAAGGACAUCAGCGUGGGGGGGCGCUGCGUAUGCCACGGUCACGCGGACUCCUGCGAGGUAGACACCGGCCAACAGCGCUGUUCAUGCCAGCACAACACGUGUGGUCCACAAUGCGACCGCUGCUGUGCCAUGUACAACCAACUGCCAUGGCGACCUGGCACUUUCCUGGACGCGGCAGAGUGCCAGCCGUGCGAGUGCCACGGCCACGCCACGCAGUGCCGCUACGACCCGCAAACUGCCAAAGAUGCGCUCUCCCUCAACACCAGAGGAGAAUACGUGGGUGGAGGAGUCUGCGUCAACUGCCAGCACAGCACCGAGGGCGUCAACUGCGACCGCUGUAUUGCCGGCUACUACAGACCACAGGGCACAUCACCGCGGGCCGAGAAGCCGUGCGAGCCAUGCGGGUGUGGGGGCCCGGGUGUGACGGGUGAGUGUGUGCGCGAUGACACGCGCAUCAACCUGGGCAUCUUCCCUGGCGCUUGCAUCUGCCGUGUAGGCUUCGAGGGCCCGCGGUGCGACCGCUGCGCCCCCGGGUACCGCAAUUAUCCUUCGUGCGAGGCUUGCCCCUGCAACAGGGCAGGCUCCAUCACCGACGCCUGCGAGGGGGAUUGUCGCUGUAAGAGCAACGUGCGAGGCGAGCGCUGCGACGUGUGCAAGGAGGGAACCUUCAGCCUGGACGAGCACAACCCCCUGGGCUGCACAGAGUGCUUCUGUAACGGCGCCACCGACAUAUGCGAGGCUGCCAAGCUUCCUGUCUAUACCGUAGUGGAGCACGGCAACUGGCAAGUCUCCGACCUGCUGGGGCGCCGCGUCAUCGCUGCCGCCGUGGACGGUUCUGACGCUAAAGUCGCCCACGACGACAUGGCUAAGUUCAACGCUUACUACUUCGUCGCCCCUCAACACUACCUCGGCUCCAGGUUGACGUCGUACGGCCAGAGUUUGUCGGUGCUGCUGACGUGGGUGAAGCUGCGAGGCGACACCUCAGGCUGGGCGCUGCACGGGCCAGACAUCAUCCUCGAGGGCGGUGGCUACCGCAUCGCUCAAGGCUACGAUACGCACGGGGGCCGCACUAACGCGCGUAUCAACAUACGCCUUCACGAGCACGGCUGGUAUCACUUCCCUAAGGACGUUGGCGACAUGCCCCUGCAGUUAGACCCGCGGGACUACCAGCAGGGGGAGGUGACGCGCGCUCAGAUGAUGUCGGUGCUCAGUGACCUGCAGCAGCUGCUCAUCAGGGCGCGCUACCACACCGUGCAGGUCGAGAGCGUGCUGCACGGCGUGGCGCUGGAGUACGGCAAGGAGGGCGCCUCGACCACAACGCUCGUCACGGGCGCCGUCGAGCGCUGCAUCUGCCCGCCUGUGCAGCAGCAGGGCUCCUUACCCUACACCGGCGCCUGUGGGGAAUGUCUGCACUACACAACGGGUCCCCACUGCGACCAAUGCUUGCCGGGGUUCUUCGGGGACCCCACGACUGGGGACCCUGACGCCUGCCAGCCCUGCUCGUGCCCGCUGCCCGUAGCCACGAACCACUUUAUGCCCGUGUGCAGUGCCCGCGGGAUGACGUACGGGGUGCGGGAGAAGUUCGUAUGCGACUGUCCCGUGGGAUACGAAGGACUGCAAUGCGAGAGAUGCGCUGACGGUUUCUUCGGCUCGCCGCUGGUGCCAGGGAACUAUUGCCAGCCUUGCGACUGCAGCAACAACGUGAGCCCCGUAGAGCGCGGCGUGUGUGACUCCAUCACGGGCCAGUGCCUUAAGUGCCUCGGCAACACCGCGGGCUGGCGCUGCGAACUGUGCCGCCCCAACCACUUCGGCGACCCAUUACGAGGACAAUGCAUCCCCUGUGGGUGCGUGCAGCCUGGGUCUGUAGGGGACACUUGUGACCCCAGCACGGGACAGUGCCAGUGCCGUCCUCUGUAUGUGGGACGGCAGUGCCACCGGUGCCAGGAGGGUCACGGGGACGUGGAGGCAGGGUGCCCGCCAUGCCGCUGCUCCCGACGAGGCUCCUACAGCGCCACCUGCGAUCCCGUCACGGGACAGUGUCCCUGCAAGCCUGGCGUAGGAGGGAAGACGUGCAGCAGCUGCUUGGACGACCACUACGGUAACCUCUCCGACGGCUGCUCCGAAUGUGCGUGCAACCCGGUGGGCUCGUUGGGAAGUGCAUGCGAGGCCAUCACUGGACAGUGCAACUGCAAGCCCAACGUGGUGGGGCGCGACUGCUCCCGCUGUGCCCCUGGGCACUGGGGCCUGGCGUCGGGCAGCGGGUGCCGCAGAUGCGACUGCGAAGGACGCGGCGUCGACGGCACACAAUGCGACCAAAACACCGGCCAGUGCAUCUGUCCUCCUGGCGUCGGAGGGGACCGCUGUGACAGAUGCCUGCCUGGCUUCUGGGGCUACUCUGCCAACGGGUGCAAGCCAUGCGAGCCGUGUGGGGUAGCGGGCCGGUCGUGCGACCCGCACUCGGGACGCUGCAUCUGCCCCCUCAACACCGAGGGCGAGCGCUGCGAGAGGUGCAAGCCUGGCUCCUGGGACUACUCUAGUGCUCGCGGCUGUAAGUUGUGCCAAUGUUCGAUGCCUGGCUCAGUGAACCAGCAGUGCGACUUCAGAACAGGCAGAUGCUCCUGCAAUCCAGGCUUCAGGGGCGCCCAUUGUGACCAGUGCACGCACGGCUACUACGGAGCACCCAACUGCCGCGCGUGCCAGUGCCAUCCCAGCGGCACCCGCGCCGACGUCUGCGAGGCGCAUGGCCGAUGUCAGUGCGACCAGCGGGGACAGUGUCCCUGUAAGGAAAACGUGACAGGCCCGAGGUGUGACCGCUGUAAGCCUUCCACUUUUGGGCUGGACGAAGAAAACCCUUUAGGCUGCACCGCCUGCUUCUGCUUCAGGAGGACCGACAAGUGCGAGCAGGCGCCCUACACCUGGUCCCAGGUGACCGUGCCCCAGACGUUGGUCUUGGGUGUCCAGUAUGGGGAAGCCAACGCUGGACCAGUUCCCGCAGCUACCGUUGUCGUCAGACCGUGGGACACGUCACAGAUUUGCUAUAUCAACCUGGCACUGCCUGGCGAACGUCACCUGGGUACGGACAGAACUCGAGCCGAGCCUCGUCUGAACGUGACCAACCAGCUGCACGUUAUACCCAGCACGACUACCCACAUCAUGCUGGGUACAGCAGUACCUUUCCCUGCCCCGCUCUACUGGACCCUGCCCAAGGAGUUCAUGAGGGAUAAGGUGCGGUCGUACAACGGAUACCUGACGUUCAGGGUUGACAGCUCCGGGGGCACGCGAGUUUUCCCUGACAGUAUCCUGCAGACGUAUCCUCUAGUGUCCCUGCAGGGUAACUACCAGCUGGUACUCGAGCAUUACCCCAAGGGUAUCGAGCCAGAUGGUACUUACCGUGUCAGGCUACACGAAGAUCACUGGCGCCAGAAGGGGUCGCCGGCGCCCGUGACGCGUGAGAUGAUGAUGGUGGCGCUGCAGAACAUCCAACACAUUCUCAUCCGCGCCACGCACUCCGAGGAUGUCGUGGCAGCCUCGUUGAGUCACGUGACGCUGGACGUAGCGACUGAAGGCACUCUGGUGUCGUCGCGUCGGGCGCUGGGCGUCGAGCAGUGCCUCUGUCCCGCCAGCUACACCGGCCUCUCCUGCCAGAACCCUAAUCAAGGCUUCUUCCGUUGGUACAAAGACAACUACAUUCAGUCGACCAUCAUCAUAGACCUGGUGGGCGAGAGCAGACCGUGCAACUGCAACGGUCGCUCCGACCAAUGUGACCGCGACACCGGCAUCUGCCUCAACUGUCGGGACAACACAACUGGCCCGAACUGCGAGUUGUGCGCGUCGGGCUACUAUGGCGACCCGCGCCGGGGACCGUGCCGGCCCUGCGCUUGUCCUUCCCUCGAGCAGAACUUCGCCCAGACCUGCACGGCCGAUCCUGUCGCAGGAUACGUGUGCAACUGCAGGCCAGGAUACACGGGCGAUAAGUGUGACAGGUGCGCGUUCGGUUGGUACGGGCGUCCCAGCGAGCCUGGAGGACGCUGCGUGCCUUGCAACUGUGACCCCAACGGCAGCCUGCACGCUGGCUGUGACGUCAACGGCAGGUGCUCGUGUAAACCUGGCAUCCUGGGACGCGACUGUUCGCAGUGCGCGCCACGGCACAUCAUCGUAGAUACCGGCUGCAAGUCGUGUGAGGACGGUUGUGUAGACGUGCUGCUGGACGAGGUCGAGGAGCUCAUACGCGACAUCGACGCGGUCAACAAGAGCCACUUCAUCCCGCCGCCCUGGCCCGCCCUCAGGGAGAUCGAGAAGGAGUACAAGCAGCUGCGGCUACAACUGAACAACUACCGCAGCAGCGAAGGCUCCAUCAGCCGCCUCCUGACGGACCUCAGCCUCGAGUUCAGCGCUCAGGAGCUCCUGCGCAGGGCUCGACAGCUGGAAGAGGGCGCGCGUCGCAACCUACGGCCUGCCCUGGAGACCCACGACGACGCCAGGGCGCUGCUGGAGGAACUCAGGGGCGUUAAUAGGGAGAUCAGCGACGCGAUUGCACUGCUCACGAAUUACGCGAUUGGCGAGACGGCGAGCAUAUCCGUGGGGGCGGCGCUGGAGGAGGCCAAGGAUCUACUGAAGCAGGUCCAGAACAGGGAGGCCUUCGACCACCUCUCGCGCGAGGCCGCUGACGAACUGCAGAAAGCAAAGGACUUACUGCAGCAGAUGCUGGGGCUACAGAUGGACCGCGGCCACAUGGACCGCGUGUCCGGCCGCUACUCCAACAUGCGCAGCAACAUCCGCGAAAUGCUUGACAUCAUCCGCGCUGCCGACACAAAAAUAGACAGGGCUGCCAUCAUGAACGGCGGUAUCGAGGCCAGACUGAGCCGCAUGGCCACCCUCAUGGCCGACAUCGACGAGCACAACAUCCGCGUGCGCGACACAAACUACAACUCGAGCGCCCUCUUGCGGGACGCUGAGCGCAACCUCAACCGCACCAAGGAUAACUAUCGGGUGCUGGUGACGCAGCUGCCUGACCUGCGUAACGCCUCCCGCGCGCUGGGUGCCGGCGAGGCGCGUCUACGCCGCCUCAACGCCGAGUACCGCGUCACCUACGCCGAGCCUGCGCACGACCACGCGCUCGCCCUCACUGCCAAGGCCAUACAGCUCGAGGACUUAUUCAACGCGACGCGCGUGGGCGCCGUGGGACCCCUAAAAGCGGCGCAGGCGUACCAGCGCAUCGUGGACGCCCUCAGGAGCGCCGAGGAGGCCGCGCGCAACGCCUCCGACGCUGCCAACGCCGCCUUCCAAGUGGCGUAUCCUGGAGACCCGAGCGAGUCCCUCGUACGGAAGGCGAAGAUGUCUCGCCAGUCGUCCGAGGACCUCGGUACUAAGGGCCGCGCCCUGCAGGCGAAGGUUGACGGUCUGCAGAAGGAUCUCAUGCGCCAGCAGGAUCUGCUUGCCGGAGCUCGCUUCACCCUUGGACGAACUUCCGAUAAACUGACUGGGAUCAACAACGCGGUGGACACGCAACUACAAACUGACAUGACGGCCAGCAUCCUGAGCGCCUUACGUCGCGUCGAAGAGACGCACGGUAACCUCGACGACACGACGCGCCACGUGAACGUCAUGCACAGCAACCUCACCAGGUUCCUCGAGUUCGCCAGCGACGUCAACGACUUCGAUGCCUCCGUCAUCAACGACAUCAGGAAGGACUGUGAGUGA